AUGGCCAUGACCGAAAAGCAAGGUUUCCCUCGGCUUCGUUUUUUUACUUCUGACUACUGCCCUUUCGCGCAGCGAGCUCGUAUAGCUCUAGAGUGGUUCAAGAUUCCAUUCGAGUUGAUUGAAGCCAUUACUUUCUCCGAGGGUGGUUCGGAGUACGACAAGCAUCCUCUACUGCUCGAGAAGAAUCCCAAAGGCCUUAUCCCAACGCUGCUCGUCAACUGGCCUGAUGGACGCGAAGAAGUCGUCACCGAGUCUCUCGUUGUGGUGGAGUAUAUAGACAACUUGGCUGCCAAGUUCGGCUUCCCCGGAGAACCUUUGCUACCUCGGGAUGACCCCACGGAGAGGUGCUCUUCUCUUUCGACCGACCUUCGAAUCAUCGCCUCCUUUUUGGACAGGCAACGUCUCCUCGAGAGGGCUACCUUCUAUAACAAGAACAUCACCUCACCAUUCUACGCGGUCCUAAUGCGGGGUGAUAAAGCUGAGUUCGACAAGAUGGUUGCCGGCGCCGAGAAUUUCAUCUCGGAGGUGCACCUCGUUCCGCUACGG